AAAAGGAAGGAAGGAGAGAGGAUGGAUGGAUGGAUGGAAAGAAAGAGAAUGAAAGAAAGAGGAAGGGAGGAAAGAACGAAAAAGGAAGGAAGGAGAGAGGAUGGAUGGAUGGAAAGAAAGAGAGAGAAGAAAAGGAAGGAAGGAAGGAAAGGGAGGAGGGGGGAUGGAAGGAAAGAAAGAAAGGAAAGAGGGUAGAUGGAUGGAAGGAAGAAAGGAAGGAAAGAGAAACAAUUGAUCAGAGUCACUUGACUGAGAUGGGCAGCUAUUGGAGUUAUAGCAAGAAAUAGAUGAUACGUAAAUGAUGUCAGAGAAGCGGGAUGAUAUCUGGUCCUUUCCUAAAAUUGUAGGAAUUAGUUUGAUGAGGAGGUACUACCAGGAGCUCAAUCGCCCUUCUUACAUUCUCUUUGUUUUCUUCUAUUUUCCAUUACUUCUUUCCCUUUGCUUCCUCCCAGCCUUCUCCUCUUUCCUUUGUUUCUUGCUUCAUUUCUUGUUUCCUUCUUUCGUUCUUCCUCGUCCCUCCUUCCCUCAACUUUCCAUUAAUUUCCUAUUCGCUCCUUCCUUCCUUCCUUCCUCCCUCCCUCCCUCCCUUCCUUCCUUCUCUCAUUUUCCUUCCUUCUUCCGUUUCUCCCUUCCUUCAUUUUCAUUCGUUUCCUUCCCUCCCUCAAUUCUCCUCUUUCCUUCCUUUCUUCCCUCCCUCCCUAUUCCCAUCUCCUUCCUUCAUUGCUUCACCCUUUCUCAUUUGAUUUUCUUCUUUUCUUCUUCCUUCCUUCCUUCCCUUCCUUUUCCUUCCUACCUUCCUUUAUUUUUCUUUUUUUUAAAAAAAAUGAUUUAUAUGCCGCCCUUCUCCGGAGACUCAGGGCGGCUUACAAUGCGUUAAGCAAUAGCCUUCAUCCUUUUGUAUAUUUAUACAAAGUCAGCUUAUUGCCCCCACAAACUGGGUCCUCAAUUUACCCACCUUAGAAAGGAUGGAAGGCUGAGUCAACCUUGAGCCUGGCGAGAUUCGAUCUUACUUUAAUUGCAGACAGCUGGUGUUAAAUUACAGUGCUUCUGUCUGUUGAGCUAAACCAGGCUCCUGGUUUUUAUUUCCUUCCUUCUCUACCUCACAUCCUCCUCUUUUCUUUCUUUCUUUCUUUUCUUUCUUUCUUUCUUUCUUCCUCUAUCCCUCCAUCCCUCCUUCACCUCAUUUUCACUUUCUCAUUUUCCUUCCUUCUUUCUUUCCUUCCUUCCUUCCUUCCUUCCUUCCUUCCUUCCUUCCUUCCUUCCUUUCCAAUGCUUCCUUCUAUUUCCAGUUCUCUCCUUUCUUCCUUCUUCACAGAGGCAUCCUAGAAAAUAACAAUUUAAUUUCCGGCCCUAAUACCAUAUGAGAAAAUUAACCCCUUUUAACAGGGCUCACCCAUAUUCGCGUGGGUGCACACAAAUACCUUUUCAGGUGUGUCUGCCUUUGAAGGAAUGGUAGGAAUGCUUUACAGCUUCACACUCCUAGCUUAACACAAUCACACAACAUAUAAAGUUUAGGCUUUUUUUCCCCCCUCGCUUAAUAAAAAUGGGAGGUUUAAUUGGGGUUUCCUGUCCCUGCCGGAAAAAGGGCAGGCAAUUUUUUUAUUUUUAAUCCUUGUUUCAAGGGAUGAAGAUUACCAUAAAUGCAGGCUUAUCUUCCUUUUGGCUAAAUACGGUAAUUUCAAAAAUCAAAUUUUUACAACUCUAUCAUUAAGCAGCCUGGCUGUGGAAUUACAUCUGCAAUGAAUCACCUUUUUUUCAGUUUCUAAAUCGCCUCCUUAUUAAGCUCUUAACAACCGCCUGGCAUGUAAAUAUUUAGUAGGUGAUUCACAUCAGCUUUUGAAGAUACUUAAAAAGUCACCUUUUGGACAGCAAAAAGGGUGACGAAACAGACACACACAGAAAAGGAUCAUUAUUCUGGGUUUAGGCUGCAAUUCAAAUCGGUUUCAGCUCCGAUGAUUUCAUCUCCUUUUAUUAGGGAGAACUAUUACGGACUCUUUUAAAUUGUGUUUCUUUUCCCCUUUGGACCCAACUAAAUGAGAAGGCAGAAUUGAUAGAUGGGGUCAUGUCUGGUUCACGAGGGUGAGGGAUUUUUAUUCUUCUUAUUGUUGUUAUUAAAAACAUCUGGUCUUGCAGAAAGUAAAAGAAGAAUGACUUUUACUGAACAAGUGUUGGAUUUGGAGUCCAAGUGCUUGGAGCGUGGUUGAAAACCCUUUUCGUGGAAAAGAAACAAAACAAGAGCGAGUUUUGGUCCGGUGGUUAAGGGGAAAAAGGAGCUGCAUCCUAGCUGUCAAGAUGGACCCUUCUUUGCCGGUCAUAGCAGAAGAAUUGCUGCAAGAAAUCCAGAAAUCUUUCCGUGAAACUUCCCAGAUUUCGGAUGAGCUUCUUCUGGCGCUGAGGUUCGUCUUUGGGACGUCUGUCGUCCCAGCUCUGGAUUUGGUGGAUCGUCAGUCGGUCACACGGUUCGUGUCUCCAAGCGGGAGGGCAGUAUAUCAGGUGGUGGGCAGCUCGGGAAAACUCUACACUUGCUACGCCUCCUGUCACUUCUGCAACUGUCCAGCUUUUGCCUUCUCCGUCUUGCGGAAAGGAGACAACGUCGUGGGACGGGAAAGGGUUGUGUUCAUCGCAGACGACCGAAGCUCCCGUGAAAUUUCCUCUUAAAGACAAUGGAAGUCUGGAGCUCAUCCUGUGCAUAGGAAUCCGUGGGGAACUAUAGGGCAGGCUCUCUCCGAGGGGUGUCAGGAUGUAGCCCCUUGGAGGAAGAGAUUCCCACGCUCCCUCCCAGCCUCUCCCCACCUCCCCCAGGGAAGGAAAAUGAACAGGGUGGACAAGGCCUCUGUAGCUGCGGGAGAAGAACCCGCUGCUAGGACAGCUGUGGCCCUUUUAUGACAUUUAGACUUCAACUCCCAGAAUUCCUGAGCUAGCAUCGGGAACUGGCCCUUUAUGACUUGCGGACUUCAACUCCCAGAAUUCCUAAGGCAGCAUGGGGAGCGACGGCCCUUUUUAAGACUUGUGGACUUCAAGUCCCAGAAUUCCUGAGCCAGGAUGUAGGACGAUGGCCCUUUUAUGACUUGUGGACUUCAACUCCCCAGAAUUCCUGAGCCAGGAUGUAGGACGAUGGCCCUUUUAUGACUUGUGGACUUCAAUUCCCAGAAUUCCUGAGCCAGGAUGUAGGACGAUGGCCCUUUUUAAGACUUGUGGACUUCAACUCUCCAGAAUUCCUAAGGCAGC